AUGCGUGCCGUAGUCUGGGAGGGCAAGCCCUUCCAUCUCGACGUCCUCGGGAGCACUACUCCGCCCAGAUCAUGGGGCGUGGGCGUAGUGGUUGAAGUGGGCCAGGUCAACGAGCACUUCAAGGUCGGAGACAGGGUUCUCAUUCCCGGCGUAGCUGACACGGGUCAUUUCUCGGCCGAGUACCUCCGGGUCCCUUUCGCCGAUGAUUCUCUGGCGGGCGGCUCCGUCGCCGUCUUUGGCGCCGGGCCGACCGGCCUGAUGUGCGCGUACCCCGCCAUCCUCCGCGGCGCCUCAACGGUCUACGCCAUUGACCACGUCCGUGACCGGCUCGACAAAGCCGCCUGCAUCGGUGCAAUUCCAAUUGACUUUACCUCGGAAGCCGGACCUGCAAGCAAUCAGAUGCUGCGCCGUGAGGCGAACGGCCGCCUCAAGAGGCAGCCAAACUACGUCAUCCAGGAGGCCAUCAAGGUCACCAAGUACAACGGCGGCAUUGGGCUGGUGGGUGCGUAUGCCGCGCUGGGAAAGUCGGCUGGCAGGCCCCUGGCCGAUACGGUCGACGCGGAGUUGUCUAUCCCGAUUCCAGCUAUGUUCCUGAAGCACCUGUGUAUCGAUGGCGGCACUGCGUUCGAGCUGGUCAGGAGUGGAAGGAUCCGGCUGGACUUGGUUGUCACGUCCCAAGUUGGCAUCGAAGGUGCUCCUGAGGCGUAUGAAAGGUUUCAUAAGAAGCUGGUGAUCAAGGCCGUUAUUCGGUUUCCCUGGUCGGAGACGGAAAAGACCGACCUCAAGGCUCCAAAGUAA